AUGGCGCAACAACCGUCAACGCCCGCUGCCUCAAUCUUCGGCGCCCCAGCGACCCAUGCUGCCGUCUCGCCUCAGCCCCAGCCCGGCCCUGGACAGGCUCUGUCGAGUGCCGCACCCACCCCGCCGUCGGCCGCCUCGUCGUCGAAUACCUACAUCAUGCCCAACUCCCCAGCCAAGGCCCGCCCCGUGUCCGACGGCUACCGGCCUAAGAUAACCCGUACCCUGGGCCAGCGGCCCGCCUGUCUGGUCAACGCUUCCGUGACGUAUUGUGGCAACAAUCGCAUCUACGCCUUUGGCGGCUUCGACCAGUACACCGACGAGGUCUACAACCACGUCCUGCGGCUCGACCUCGCCUGCCACCAGUGGAGCCUAGUGGACAACUAUGGCGACAUACCGGGUGUUCGCAUGGGCCACACGGCUACCCUGUACAAGGGAGACAAGCUGCUGGUGUUUGGCGGCGAAAACGAGCACCGCACCUACCUCUCCGACCUCAUCGUCUUCGACCUCAAGACGGCGCACUGGACCCAACCCCAGGUUUCCGGCCCCAUACCAAAGGGCCGAGCACGGCACGCGGCAGUCCUCCACGAGGACAAGCUCUUCAUCAUCGGCGGCAUAACGGGACAGAACAACUAUGUGCUCGACGACAUAUGUUAUCUUGACUUGCGCACCUUUACAUGGUCCAAGGCUUGGCGCUUCGUCGGCCGGUUCGACCACUCGGCGUACAUAUGGGAUGGUCGAGUAUGGGUCUUCGGCGGUCUCAGCGCCGACAUGGACAAGAUCAGUGAUCUCUGGUGGUUGGAUCUCAAGGGCAGCCCCGAAACAAGGACGUCUGGGUAUGCAGCCAACUCUCGGACGGCCCAGGUCAAUCCUCCGUCAUUUCAACUAAAGACGUACGCUCCGCUGGCACCCGGCUCCAUCUCCGCCGUCAAGUUCAUUUCCGGACCGACGAUCCCAUCGCAAGGCUCUGGUAUUCACUACCACGCCUACUCGUCGGGCACGCUACUCGAUUUCGUGACCCCGGCCCCAACCAUCACGCCCCGCGAGUGCUCCCUCUCGGCCCUGGAUCUGGCAACUCUCCGCUGGCAAAAGCUUGCGGAGGGCCGCGAAAUAUUCAAAUCAGGAUAUAGAUGGCACUACUGUACCAUGAACGAAGAUGGUACCAAAGCAUGGCUCCUCGGCUGCCCAACAGAUCCGGCUGCGACCGACCUUGGGCCCAAUGGCUACGAGGAAUAUCUCAGCGACAUCAUGGAGAUUGACCUUCGACGAUAUGGUUUUCUCGGCAACAACAUGGCGCCCGAGCCUCGUACCGAAUCCCGGCAAUCUGCCACUGCACGGGCACUCGACUCUCCGUCCAAAGGCCUCGGAGCCGACCUAGCCAGGCUCUUCAACCAUCCGCCCGAAUCCGGCAGUGGCACCGACUUUGUCAUCACCGCCUUGGCCGAAGAGUACGACCAAGACGACGCUCAGUCGUCCAAUUUGCCCAUCCAUGUCCACAAGCUCAUCCUGCAGGCGCGCUGGCCGCAUUUUGCACGCCUAUACAACUCUCAGAUGGCAGAGUUUCAUACGAAAAAGAUGCACAUUCCUGAGCCGUAUUCCGUCGUCAAGGCCUUCCUCCUAUAUCUCUACACGGACAGCAUUCGCGGCACAGUCGAGCCCGAGAGCGAUGCGACGACGGACUUGUCCGACGUGGCUGGCCUUCUCGUCAUGUCCAACAUAUACAACAUCCCGCAUCUCCGUCUCCUAUGCGUCAACCGUCUGGCCAAGGAGCUCGAUGUCGAGCACGCCUGCGUCAUCUGGUACUGCGCCGGUCUGGCAAGCGAGGAGUGGCUCCGCAAGCGUGCGGCCACGUUCUGUAUGACGCAUUGGGGGCGCAUCGUCCGCACCCAGGGCUUCCUCCGCUUGCCGCGAAGCGCCCUUGUCGAGCUUUCCCAGGAGAUUGACAUGGAGGGCCGUGUUGUUGCUGGCGAGGAGCUCGAGUGGGGGAACAUGCCUGGGCGGUACGGCGACAUGAGCCAUGGCACGCGGAAAGAGAGCAUCAGCAGCAGCCAGACGCAGCUGCUCGAGUCCGAGGCCGACGAUGAUGAUGGCAUGGAACUCAACUGA